AGGAAACAAGGUAUUAUUUAUGGUUUAGUUUUUACUAAGUUAACUUAAAACAGCGUAAAGAAGACGUAAUUUGUGAUAGUGAGGAUUUAAUUCAAGGUUACAUUAAGCACAUUGGUGGCUUCUCUCUCAGUUCAUCUAGCGUGUACAGUGGUCACUUCACUUGGGAUUCUAGCAGAACAGUUUUAAAGAUGUCUGAAGUUUCCACUAAAACUCCAUCUACAAAGAAGCGAUUCACUGCACCGAUUCUAAAGGGUGUAGACGCUGCCAGUGGCAAGCCGAAUGAAAAAGAUGUCAGCCUGAAAAAAGCAAAGGUUCACAAGAAAGAGAACGAAAAUAGCUCCGAGCCAAGUGGAAUUGUAAGUGGAAAGAAAAUGACAAAGGAGUCCAAAAAGAAGGAUAAAAAUUGCUCUGAACCAAAUGGAAUUGAAGACAGAAAGAAAAUGCCAAAGGAGUCCAAAAAGAAGGAUCAAAAUAGUUCUGAACCAAAGGGAAUUGUAGGCGGAAAGAAAAUACCAAAGGAAUCCAAAAACAAGGAUCAAAAUAGGUCUGAACCUAAGGGAAUUGUAAGCGGAAAGAAAAUACCAAAGGAGUCCAAAAUGAAGGAUGAAAAUAGCUCUGAGCUAAAUGGAACUGUAAGCAGAAAGAAAAUGCCAGAGGAGUCCAAAAAGAAGCCUAUAGUAUCCCUGACUGAUUCUCAGUAUGAUGAAAUAUUCUCGGCUGUUCUCACUAACUCGGCGAGUAAACCUAACAGUGAACAUAACACUCCAAUAGAUGAGGUCCAAGAUGUGAGUGAGAAGUCUGUUAAUAAAACACCUGCACGUGAAAGCUUGGGUACUUCCUCUGCUGGGAAUCGAACCCGGAUCUCUCACUUGCCAGGUAUUCUGAAACGUCCGGGGGAUGCUGUGGAGCCGCAGACUCCUGUGAAAACACCAAAGUUGGAUGCCAAGAGUACCCCCACUCCGAGCAGAUCCGUGCCCAGCCCUUGGGGCUCUGUCAGCAAGUAUUCAAGCCAAGCUUCAUCUUUACUCAAGGAAUUAGAAGAGUCCCAGCAGUUGCUGAUGACUUCCAUGAAUGAGUCGAGCUCUGACAGUGACUCGGUGGUAGAGUCAUCGCAGUUAUCAGUGCAACAGUCAUCACAAGUGAGUGCCUUCAGUGCCCAGUCAGUGCAGCCACCACACACUGUGCUCACUGGUGACCAGCGUUCUCGACUAGAGCAAUUGCAGCUCCUUCGCAAUGUCGGCGUCUGGGUACACUGCUGCAGAAUGUCCUGCAACAAACUGCGUUACCUUGCCAAUAUCACAGAUCCCCAGGACGUGCCGGACAUCUGGUACUGCCACAUGAACCCAGAUCCGAAGUACAACGAUUGCCUGUGCGAGCAGCAAGAGAUGUCACCAGAAGAUCAAGCGGACCUGAUCGCAAAUGAGCACACAGCCGGGUCCCUGGUGUGGGCCAAGGUGGCGGGCUUCCCCUGGUGGCCCGCUAUGGUGGACGACGACCCAGACCUGGAACAGUACUACUGGCUGGCCAAUGACUUUGAGACAGUGACCUUUUACCACGUGGUGUUCUUUGAUGAGGCUGCUGUGACCAGAGCCUGGGUUGAUGUCAAGCACAUUACUGCCUACAAGAGAUUCCAUGGCAACAGGUUUGCCCAGCAAGCUAGAGGAAUCGACUUCAGACACAGGAUCAGUGUGGCCAAGGAGCAGGCCGACGAUGCGUUCGGUCUCUCCACCCCCGAGCGCCUCAGGAUCUACAGCUUCAUAGCUCGGUACAAGGGUCCCAUCUCGACCUCGAUCAACAAGGUCAAAGAGACGAUGAAAAAAUACAAGCUGAAAGAGCCUGCUGAUACAGAUACAGUUAAGGAUAAAAAGACUACAAAUAAAACAAAGAAAGACAAAAUAACGGUUAAAGUCUCCUCUGACAAGUUGAAGAAAACUAGAAAAAGUCAUAGCAAGAAAACAGAAAACGGGGAGAAACAUAAAAAAGUAAAGAAAGAUAAGAAAAUUAUUCCAGUCGGCAUUGCAUCAAGGAAUGAUCCAGUUGAAAAUUUAGGAUCUAAGAAAGAAAAUGAUCCUAACCUAAUCGAUACAAAGGGAGAUUCAGAUGAAACUAAUAUUCUUGGUAGUGAGAAUUUAGUUCAUGGUAAUGGGGAGAGAGGAGUAGGAAGCGAGGAAACCGGCGAGAAAAUCAAUGUACCUGAGGAGCGCCAAAGUGUGACACUGGAGAGGAUGACAGAAUCAAGCUCUGACUUUGUGGAGCCUAGCCAGGUGUUGGUGGACAAUGUACGGCAGGAGGAGAGCAGCAGACUCUCGCAGAGUACCAUCACAGACUUCCUGGCCAAGGGCUCAGAGGAUGCUGUGGUUCCGGAACUGUGCUUGUCGCAGGACUUCUCACAGGAAUCAGAAGAAUAAACUCUAAAUGUCACCCUAUUACAUACUUUGUGUUGUUUUAGAUAGAAUCAAUAAUUACAAAUUUCUUUAUUUAUUUCAAAAUAUUUAGUUCAUGCAAAAUUGUAUCCACUCAGUGUUGCAAUUAUCAUUUGUAUGAGUUCUCCAGAGAUAAUUUCAUGUUAAUAUUCUCAGAGUUCCGUAAUCGUUAAAUCUUUUGUGAACUGUUUAGACAUCAGAAAGAAACCAAACAUAUUUUCGUACUUUGUUAAACUCUACCAUAAAAUCGUCGUAUAGUAAUGCCACUGUCAUUUAGUUAAAAAUUAUUACGUUCAGUUUAAAUGUCAUAGCACUCUGCUGGUGCUAUUCUAUUUUAGUUUUAAGUAUAGUAUUUAGAGUUCUUAUUUACUGCAGUGAUUAAUUUAGCAAUAAGUAUUUGCAAUGUCGUUAUAUUGAUUGUAGAAUAAGUUAGUUCUUCAAAGUAAUGUGUGACUAAUGGCCACAAACUUACAUUUGUCUACAUAUGUGCAAUUUUUAAGACUGACGUAAAAACUUGUAUUAGGAAGUUUGUUUUACAUAAUAUAACAAAUAAUUUUGUACCUUAAGAACUAACUAUGUGAUUGAAUGGAAAGGUAUGUGCAAUUUGAAAAAAGCUAUUUAAUUGUUAAAUAAAAACUAUUCAAUAAA